GAAGAAGCAAAAAUUAACAAAUUGACAAUCUAUUAUUGAUAUUAGUGUUUAAAAAUGGCUGGCGAUAAUGAAAACAGUAAUACCGAAACUACAAACGAUCACAUUGAUCUGGCGCAAUAUCGCAGAUUAGUCAAGCAGUUCAUAGACAUGCGUCGCUAUUCGACUGCAUUGUUUUGGGCCGAAAAGGUGGCUGUGCUAAGUGGUCAAGAGCCGCGGGAUGUCUACUACCAAGCGCAGUGCAUGUUUCUACUUGGCGAAUUUCAUCGGGCAGCGCAUACAAUUCAACAUUAUCAAUUGGAGAAGAGUUCGCUGCCUUGUUUCAAUCUUCUGCUGGAGAGUCUGCAUGCCGCCAAAGAAUUCAAUGAUGCGGCAAUUAUCCUACAAAACGUGGAUGUGGAGACCAUGAGCACUUCCAUAAUAAAUCCAAAUCCCAGCCAGGAUUGCAACAUGGAGAGCAACAGCGUCUUUGGUGGCGAGGAGAGCAAUCGAAAUGAACUCCUUGCAUCCAUUUAUCUGAUGAAAGGCAAAAUCUAUGAGGCACUGGAUAAUCGCGGCAUGGCCAUGGAUUUCUAUGUGCAGGCCCUGCACAAAUCCAUUUACUGCUUUGAGGCCUUGGAAGCCCUGGUACAACAUGAAAUGCUGAUGGCCUGGGAGGAGUUCGAGCUGAUGCAUCACUUGCCACUGGCACAACAAUCCAGCGAAUCGGAUGCCAAGUUCAUUUUAAAACUCUACGAAUCUAGAUUGAAAAAGUACUAUGAACUUAUCUCAGCGCGUAACGCCGAGGAAAUCUCGCCCAUUGUCAAUCCCGAUGUGCUCAAGUAUAUUAAGGAGUUUACGGUGCGGGUUCAGCAAACCUGCUCAACGGACACUCAAUUACCCAAACCCGCAACUCUCAAGGUGCCCGUGACGCCCAGUCAGUUUAUGUCUCCGGCACAAAAAGUUCUGGAGGAUUUAAAAGCGCCGACCUUUUCGCUGCAGACAAGUCUGUCGCGUGCUUCCUCCAUGAUUGAUUCGACUCAACGUUCGCUCUUUGAUGCCUCCAAUCGAAGAUUCUCGCGGGAACAGGAUGUGGAGACAUUGAUGACCUUGAACGAUUGCUUAACCCGCGUGCAACGCAGCACGGACAUAAUGGCCGCGGAGGCGGAAAAGUGUUUCUAUGACUGCGAUUAUAAGCAGUGUCUCAAGAUAUUGAAUACUUUGCUUAAAAUUGAUCCCUUCCACAACAACGCGAUGACUAUCCAAAUUGCCUGCCUUGUGGAGAAUGGUGACUUCAAUAGACUCUUUUAUGUCGCGCACAAGUUAGUCGAUCGUUAUCCGGACAAGGCCAUUUCGUGGUAUGGCGUUGGCUGCUACUACGACAUGAUUGGCAAAAGUGAUCCUGCCCGUCGUUACCUCUCCAAGGCCACAUCCUUGGAUCGUCUUUAUGGACCUGCUUGGCUGGCUUAUGGUCACUCCUUUGCCAAUGAGAAUGAGCAUGAACAGGCGAUGGCAGCUUACUUCAAGGCCACUCAACUGAUGAGAGGCUGUCAUCUGCCGCUGCUCUACAUUGGCGUCGAAUGUGGAUUGACAAAGAAUCUCGAAUUGGCUGAAAAGUUCUUUUUACAAGCCAUGACAAUAGCUCCCAUGGAUGUCUAUGUGUUGCACGAACUUGGUGUCAUCAAAUACGAGUAUGAAUAUUAUGAUGGUGCGGCCACAAUAUUUCAGUGCACCGUGGACAUUAUUAAACAGCGUGCCAAGACCAACAACGAGGAGAUUUCCGCACGCUGGGAGCCACUUUUCGUUAAUCUGGGACACUCGCUACGCAGAAUUCAGAAAUACGAAGAUGCACUCCAGAAUUUUCAAUAUGCUUUACUGUUGAAUCCUCAAUGUGCAGCCACAUACACCGCCAUUGGCUUUACACACUCGCUGCUUGGCAAUUUGGAUGAUGCUAUUGAGUAUUUCCACAAGAGUUUGGCACUAAAUCGUGACUGCAUUGUUACAUCUACAAUAUUGAAGAAUUGCAUUGAGGAUUUAAUGGAUGAUAGCAUGACUAUCAAUGAGAUUUGCAGCAUAGCUUUAAGGGAUGUCACGGAAUCCAUUACGGCCAGCAGUCGACAAAUGCUCAAUGCGGAUAAACUGAAUGGCAUCAAGAUGAAUCUCAAGUUCGAUGAAGAGGAGGAGGUGUCCAAUACCAAUACCAAUACCAACACCAAUACCAAUACCAAUUCCAACUCCAAUUCAAAUUCCAAUGACGAUUCAAACAUGGUUGUUGAAAUGAGCCUAGAUUCUUAAUGAUAACUUUAACUUAAGCACACACACACACUAGAAUCAGAAGGUUUGUACCAAAUGUACAGUAUGUCAAGUAAUUGUUUUGCAGAAGAAACAAAUUAACAUAUUUUAUGUUCAUGUUUUUUUUUUUUUUUAAAUUUUGAAUAAUAAAUACCAAAUAUGGGAAUUUCAAAGUCAAUAAAACAAUUGCUUGACAUACUGUAGACAGAACUCCAUUGUGCUUUUGCUUGCACUUGAACCCAAUUGGCUUAAAAUACUUGCACAGCUGUUUCAAUAUUUCUAAUGAGUUUCAAAGAAAAUAACCAAAUAUGCUUGGGAUUUUUUUUUUUUUUACCAAAAAAUGUAUUUUCCACACUCUAUUGAAGUUGCCGCUGUGCUGUGUUGUGUUUUAGGUGCAUAGUCAGUAUUUAAGUAUGCGAAUUGUUUAAAUUAAGAUCAUUGUAUGCUAGGCUGAGUUAAGAUUCAUAUACUAAAAAAUUAGUUGUAAAUUUAAGUCAAUGUUCCUUGUUAGCGCAUAAUCGUAAAGUGGAUCACGAGUGUUUCCACUCUAAAUCCCAGCGUAAUUAUACAAUGGAAAUGUUGUGAAUAUAAAUCUAUGCAGGGAAAAAGGUCACAACGAUUGUCUCUUAUCGGUUAUUGUUACCAGUAAUGUGCGAAAAACAAAACUAGAGAACUACAUUAAGAGAAUGUCAUUAAACUUUGCAUAUAUGUAAACUAACUACUGAUACACAUUAUGGUAAUAAUUGGUAAAAAAAAAA